CCGAGUUUUGGUCGCCUUGGUUUUAGCCAUCACCGCGGCACGGCAAAGUAGUAGGCCGAAAACGAGAAAGAAAAAGUGCCCAAUUCGGUGAUUACUGGUAACCGUUUUCCACGCAGCAGCGAAGGUGUUUUUCACCCGGGGAAAGAAAAAAGUGAAAUCAUCGUCUCAUCAUCGUCAUCAUCAUCAUCCUCCCAUAUUUUAUAGCGCGGGGGUGGCAAGUUUUUUUUCACUAUUUGAUUUUCCCUGCGCUCAAUCUUCUCACCCUUCCCCCAUCGGUGGGUCCAGGCCGGCGGUUUUGUGUGUUUUUUGUUUCUUUUUCGCUUCGGAAAGUGUCGGCAGUGUGCGGGGCGGUGUGCGAUGGUGGUGCGUGCCGUGUAAUGGUAGGUGUUGGGUGCUGAUUUCGAGAGUGGAUUCCGUCCCAAGACGCGCGAAACGAAGAAGUAGAAGAAAAGAAGCACAAUAGUGGAAGAAUCGAGAAACGGAAAAAUCGAAUCAAACCCACUGCGAUCGAAAGGAAAGGGGAAGACAGCGCAGCGAGAAGAAGAAGAUCGCUCCCGUAGCCGCCGUGUGGCCGCGUUUGUGCGUCUGUGUUAUCAGCAGUGCCGACGGGCGGCAGGUGGCGGCAGCCCCGCCGUGGAGCCAGCGGGUGUAGGUGCAACGGAACCACCACCACCAGCCCCCCGGAGACGGUGAAGAAAUCCGAUCGAAAUGGGUUGUGCAGUGAGCAGAGAUAAGGAAGCCAUCGAGCGGUCCAAAAACAUUGACCGUGCGCUGCGGGCCGAUGGCGAACGUGCGGCCAGCGAGGUGAAGCUGCUGCUGCUAGGAGCGGGCGAAUCGGGUAAAUCGACGAUUGUUAAACAGAUGAAGAUCAUCCACGAAACGGGCUACUCACAGGAAGAGUGCGAACAGUACCGGCCGGUCGUGUACAGCAACACCAUUCAAAGCCUGAUGGCGAUCAUUCGGGCGAUGGGCCAGCUGCGGAUCGACUUUGCGGACCCGAGCAAAACGGAUAUCGCGCGCCAGUUCUUCACAUACGCGUCCGCCACGGAGGAGGGCGAGCUGACGCCCGAACUGGUGGCGCUGAUGAAGAAGCUCUGGACCGACCCAGGUGUCCAGCUGUGCUUUUCGCGAUCGCGCGAAUAUCAACUCAACGAUUCGGCCGCCUACUAUCUCAACUCGCUCGAUCGCAUUUCGCAGCCGAACUACAUCCCAACGCAGCAGGAUGUGCUGCGGACGCGCGUCAAGACGACGGGCAUCGUCGAAACACACUUUAGCUUUAAGUCCAUACAUUUCAAGAUGUUUGACGUCGGCGGUCAACGAUCGGAGCGUAAGAAAUGGAUUCACUGCUUCGAGGGUGUAACGGCCAUCAUUUUCUGCGUUGCGUUGUCAGGAUAUGACUUGGUACUGGCCGAAGACGAAGAAAUGAAUCGGAUGAUCGAAUCGAUGAAACUGUUCGAUUCGAUAUGCAACUCAAAGUGGUUCGUUGAAACGUCCAUCAUCCUGUUUCUGAACAAGAAGGAUCUUUUCGAGGAGAAGAUUGUUCGAUCACCGCUGACAAUCUGCUUCCCGGAGUACACGGGCUCCAACACGUAUGAGGAAGCAUCCAGCUACAUUAGGAUGAAGUUUGAGAACCUCAACAGACGGAAAGAUCAGAAAGAGAUCUACACCCACCUAACGUGCGCCACCGACACCAGCAACAUACAGUUCGUGUUCGAUGCCGUAUCGGAUGUGAUCAUUAAGAAUAAUCUUAAGGAUUGUGGGCUUUUCUAAGGAGGACGCUGUGGACGGUGAACCGUUGUUCGGCUACAUCCAAGAGACGGACAAAAUAUUAAGAGUUUUACCUACUUAUUUCUAGCUCGAUAAUUAUGAUUAGGGUAACGGCGAAGUUGCUUUUGUUCCCGUGCUACCAUAGCGUUGUCGGAUGAUAACUACGUGCACAACAGUGACGCUAACUUGCUUUUCUUGCUUCCUCGUGGUGGGGUUGGAGCCAAAGCAGGAUCCAUUGAUCGUGAACCUCUGAGGAAUUUAAAACUCACGUAAAGUGGCACAGUGCCACGAGGGUGAAUGCCUCCCCAGGGUGUGGUAGUAGUGCCUAAGUUAGCGUUUAACGGCUGUCACUGAACAUUCAGCGCAAAUAAUUUAAAACAUUCUUUUUUGCCUACCUGCAAAGCGCCAACGUAGUCUUUGAAAACCAAAAUUUCCACGGAAAGCUUUGGAACCUUUAUCGGCCCCGUUGACAUGUCAUUUAUGGACACGAAAGAAAGGUAAUCACUGUUCGUCCUAGAAGCAUCCUUGGUGUGCUUCACUGAUUAGCGGGUAGUGUAGGUAAAUGAACAUUAAAAUAAUGAUAAGCGUACAUUUGGAUUGUUAGUAAGAGAUAGGUGUCUGUGCUUACCCAACUUGUUACGAUGACACUGAAAAAGAUAUUGCUGAAAGCAUCAAACAAUUGAGCUUGAAAGCCUAUCUUCUGGACACUCUUCUGUUACGAGCUUGCGAGUGCGCAAUAGGAUAAUUAAAACAAAUAAAUCACAACAUAAAAAUGUUAACCAACCAUCAGCGCAAAGGGUAGAGGGAAAGCUUAAAGCAUGGUUCAAUCGAUGGCCGUUACAGUUGCUAAAAGGACUGUCCGACGAAACAAUGCUACGAUGAAUGAUUCGAUUGAUUGAAUUAGACAAAAUCAAUAAGAGGACGCACACAAAGCUAACCGGAAAAAAUAGAAACUAUUGACUACCACUUUUAAGAGACUGUGUGAAUUCAAUCUUAAAGGCUGCUUUUAAACAAAAUAUCGAUUUUAUCCAGCUGCAGUUGGAAUUACGAGCGAAUGUUCGCGCAAAGCAAAUGCUUUCAAUGGCUUUACAAUUUUACCUUCUUUUUUCAGUGUUUUAAAAUUAAUAACAUUCAGGCGACUGAGAACGCAAAACUGUUUGGAGUAUCUCUGUUUUGUUCCUCAACAUCAAAGAUCUAUUUAUUCGUUUGUUGUCUUUGAAACUCCCUUCGCAUUCCACGUAAAAUCUACGACAAAUGUGUUACGUUAUUGGUCAUAUUCAGAAAGCUUAGGUUUGACUCUUCAUCGAACGAUGUCCCCUUCGCAUGGAUUUUAAAACUAACCACACUCGCAACGUUUGCCCGUUAAUGAUGUAUGCUGUUUUCACUACGAAACACGAAACUGUUACUGUAAAUUGUUAUUGAUCUUUUUCUUAAAUGCCUCAAAAUUAUGUGGAGUGAAAAGUGUUGAUAUGUACCAAUCCACCAGGAGACUAGGAAAUGUUACUUUUUCGACGUCCGUAAGUUGGAAUUUAUGAACAAAAGAACGUGAAGUGUAAAGCUAAACAAAGUAAAACUGACAAUGGUUUACGGAUUAGUGUAACGGAAAGAGUAGACAAUUACAGCCAAUACAGCCCUGCAAUCAACGAGAGGAGCCAAAAGGACCCCGCAAGGUGGUACUUUGGUGUAGCAAAGAACAGCAACAAGGAUCAUUCCUUACGACAGAACGCACUACGGACGCACAAGUGAAACUUGCGGCAGAAGGUGGCGGCAAGAUGAUAGAAAAAUUUAUUUUAUACUCCAUCAUACAUAUACAUUAUAUAUUUUUGUAUAAAAUGGAUACAUGAGAAAACACGAUGAAAAAGAGAAAAAGGGGGUACUGGAAACAAGAAGAGAACCUCUUGGACGAAACAGAACCAUUUUUGCAAUACAAGGUAGCGCCAAGGUUAAAUUGAUAGCAGAAUAAUUUCAACGUACAUUUCAACAACUAUACUCCUCAACUGGACAUAAACCGAAUCGCGUGCUGCCUCGCGCUGCUUCGAUGCAAUGUCUAGAGUUUAAAACGGGUUGCUAGGACCGUAUAUCAAUUAGUCUCUCGGCGGCUUUGGUUUUGGUUCGCUUUAUGAACCUUUCUUGCCGAUGAUUCCAAGUCCAACAAAUAUAUUUCAGCAAACAGGAGCUAAAGGUUAUUGUUCUGAUUAUCACUCACGUCUUGUGACAGUUUUUAUAUGAACAUUUUGCUAGAACAGACAACCAUAACGCCGGCCAAGGGUCCGAUAAGUGGAAAAUUGAUCGAAAGGGUGAACGAAGUUAAUGGAUUUUGCUGAAUAGCUAAAGCGUUGUUGAUGUGUAUGUUAGACAUAUAGGAAUGUAUGUAUAAAAAUCUAUAUAUCUACAAUUUAUCUGUGUAUGCAUGUGUGUUAACUAAAACAUAAUGUUGCCAACAAGUACACAAAACACAUACACAAACAACACCCAACCGCGCACACACGAAGAAACACAUGAUGCACCGAGGGAACACAGUACACAGUCAAACUAACAUCGAAUGUAAAACCACGUCGCUUUUUGUGGUCGUCACUGUUGAAACGAAGCUGAGUUGUGAGUUGAUGAGAAGGUGUCCUUUUUAAUCACUCUCCCGGGAAUGGGAAGACUUUCAGAACGUAGCCUAUUUACAAAUUUGGUUUUAAGGAAACCCUUUUCCGGUGGUAAAUCUAUUUCGCGCGAGCAUGUUGAUGCGUUUUUGAUGGAUACAUAGUGUGACGGGUCGUAACAAAAAAAAAACAGGAGUACUAGAAGAGGAACCCUUCACAGCCGUUCGAUUAAAGCAGCCCACAAACAACGCCACACAGCGCACAAAAAGCGAACGCAUAUCUUUCGAACCCCCCGAACCAUGUUUUACGAAUCAUCCAGGGAGCCCGAGAACCGAUUGAGGACGCGAGAUAAGUGAGUGAAGAAAGGUAGAGAGAAAGAGAGCAAACAACGCUGUCAUGAUUUGAUAUAAUAUAC